AUGAUUUCUAACGACAACGACUCACGCACAAGCAUUCGUUCGAACAAUAAAGGUUUCCAGGCUCGGAUCGUCCUGCCGGGCUAUGGUGGCCUCGAAGAGACAUUUGCGCGCUCGCCAUUGACCCAUGCUCGACCGCAACAGCAACAGCAGCAGACAACGACAACGAUGUCGAUGGCGACUCCGGCCAUCGACCUGGCUUCGCCCCGCACUUCCGCCUCGCACGGCUAUCCGCUCGACUUUACUCGCUACGGACCCAAUGUGGUCAACGAUGUCCUGGCCAUCUUUCGGUCUGGCGCAGUCUAUGCUCCAUCAGCCAUGACGAUUCGAUCGCUCAGCCGCCAAGCGGCCCCAGCUUCGGCCUCACCCGCUGUCGGCGGCGGAGUCGGGACGCCCGGACCCAUCAGCUUGGAAAAGGACAGCGGCGUCAGGCUCUUUCUAUCCUUUCGCUACGUGGGCAAAAAGCAUGCGAGUGCCGACAGGGCUGCGGAGCUCGACGAUAUCGCCUUGGCCAGCUUCGCCAACACAUUCGUGGCGGCAAUCGCUGGUGAUGACGACGGUCACGAUGAGGAAGAUGAAGACGAUGAGCGACACCAUCAACAACACCAGGCUUCCGACGAGGACAACGCCUAUACGAGCCAUGCCGAGGCAAUGGUUGCAAGCGGGCAAGAUGAGGACUCGGGCAACGCCGACCAGCGCGGAACCGCAGAGGGGCAAGACGACAGCGAAGGGAAAGGAGAUGCAAGUGCCAGGAAACAUGCCCACCUCCUUUCGCUCAACCUCGGCAGCCUCCUCGCCAAGCGAUUCAGCCGACAGUCGAGGAGCGAGUCGGACUCGGCAGACCUGAUGAUGAUCGCGAGCCAACCGGUAGUUGCAGAGGCCCUUGCAGACGAGGAUGGGCAGCAGCCGAGAGAAGACAAAGCCAAGUCGUCCAAGAGGUCCUCGCGCCUGUUUCGAAGCAGCAGCGGAGCCGGUGCGACGAACAACACGGACGUGUCUAAGUUUCGGCAACCAGUCGCUGCGGAGCUCUUUGUCGACGGGGAGCUGGUUCCACUCAUGAGGACCAGCGCCGCAACGCGCAAAAGUUUUGCUACCGUCUUUUUGCUCGGUGGCGGCGGUCGCAUUGACCUGAGCGAGGUGCUAAGGAAAAAGAGGGCCAAGGUGCACGGAGAGGGUGUAGAAGGCAGCACCGAGACGGUCCAUGCUCACGAGCCUGGCGACCACAGCGAAGAGAUCCUCCAUACACUCACCUUGCAUCUCUGGGAUGCCACGCGCAAGGAAGUCGUCAAGGGUAGGAAGCAGAAGAGUUCCAAGAAGGACAAGGCAGCGCCCGCGCAGCAGGCUCUUCAGGGCGAGGUAAUGGAUCUCAGGCAGACGGUCAUCCCCGAUGUCAUUUUCCACUUUGAGGUCCUCUCGUCCGGAUCUGAGGAAGAAGCAGCACAGCAUGAGACGGCAGCGAUGGGCCUCGGAAAGGGCUGGCCAUCGACGGAGAGCAAGAGCAAAGGCAAGGGACGAGCUGCGGCCAAUAAUUCUGUGCCCGAGGAUGGUGGACGUCGAUGGAGCCCAAGCAACACCUCGCGCCGCCCCUCGAUGCUCCAGGCAGUCACGGAAGAAGGCAGCCAGAACGGUGGCAGCAUGUUCUUUAGCACAGGACACAAGACCGCUUUCGACCGCAAGUUAGGAUCUGAUCAGGAACAGGUGGAAGACAAGAGCGAGGACAAGAAGGAGGAGGGCGCCGAGGAGUCCAGCAAGCCGACUGAUAGGGAAAGUGAGGGUCGAGCGACGCUUACUGGAGGCGACGCAGACGAAUUCGUGUCCGCAGAUGCCAGCGAAAAAGAGAAAGAACUGAAGAAAGGCAUGGCGAAAAAGGAUACGGAAGUAGACGAGAGAACAUCUGCAAGUGCAGGAGUCCAAGAUGAAGCAAAGGCCACUGCUCAAAAGGCAGGAGGACGAGUCAAGGAAUACUUCGACCAGGAUACCAGGGUGCUCCUGUCGAUGCAGACAGCGGUCGAGCACAGCGACGGCAUACCAGCUGACACGGAAGCCGAGACCGAGGCUGCCGUCACGAGGACUAGCGACGAGGUUGCACCUGCAGAUAAAGAACAAGAGGAUAAGGCGAAGCGAGGAGGCGGUUUCGGCCUAUUAGGGUUUCUCACGAUACCAGUGUCGAAGUCGGCCAAGACGCAUCUUCGCAGGAGGAGCGCCAUUUCCAAGAAAAAGAAGGACAGCGAGUCUCGAAGCUCAGAGGAGUCUGGGCAGGAUCAACAGGAGGGCGAGCAAGAGCGGGAAGAAGAGAGCGAAGAUGAUCAACAGCCACAGCAGCCGGCAGCGACGGAAGCAGCAGCGACAAGUAGAAAGUCUCCAGAAUCUUCGCGGUCCUGGAAGAAGAGCAGAGACUCUAGAAAUGACGGCGGCGAACGCCAAGGCGAUCGGGUAAAGCAAGUUCCGGAGGCUUUGAGCUCAGUCCGUGCUGCUGCUGCGGCUGCUUCGCCCAGGGUUGCGACGCGGCGCGCGUCUAUGGCGUGUGACCGACAGGAGGUCCAGAAUCUCACGUCCAACGCAGAGCCGACCGCGAGAAGCUUCGAGAUGCCUCGCCCACCCGCUCGGCGCGACAAUCUCAGCGGGCUUCAGACUUUGGCCGGUUCUAUUCCUCUUCCUGCUGUGCUCCGUCCCGCGGCGAAGACGACAAGCCAAGGCAACAAGGGCGACCAAAUCCUGGACGACGAGGCUCCACGCCGUUGGUCCGCUUUGCGGAAUGGCCUUCACCGGCACGCCCGUCAUCGCAAGUCGAAUACGGUCUCGCAGAUGACAGCGCCCCACGCGCCAUCGAGGCCGCCCACAGCUCCAACCUUGCUGGCUAAUGACGAGGUGUGGGAUGCCAUGCUUAAGAUCCGUGAGCUCCGGAUCCAGCACGACGUCAUCGAGGCCGAGCGCAAGGAGCUCGAGUCGGAGCUGCGGGAUCUCCAUCUACGGGGAAUCGAGGGCGAGAGGCAAGGGUGGGAAAAGAGGGUCGCAGAUUCAAAGGGCCAGCUCGAACGUCUCAAGAACCAGCUCGCGAAGGCACAACGAGCGACGCCGCACACAGGCGCUGCGUUGACCUUUGCCUGAAGAGAGCGUAUAGGGCACAUUCACGGCACGGCACGACAUACACGAACACUUGACACGAACCAUACGACGAAAGCUCG